UGUUACUGCAUUAUUAUAUACUAAUACAAAUUUGAGAGGAGAAUUCAUUUAAAAAUAGUUACCACAUAAUGUAUUAUUAUGUCUUAGAUUAUUAGUACUCAUACUAUGAAUAUGCUACAUGUAGGACAUGUUGCUUCUUGAUUUAUGAACCGGAACCAAUGAGACUAGAACUGUACAACAUUUGAGGAUUAAAGAUGGAUUCGUUUAUUAUCCUAUUUCUUUUCUAGCUGCUUUUACAUGUCAAAAAAAGCUAAAACCAUAAAGAUGAGAUAUCUUACAUGAAAUACAAUGCUUAAAUUUCUAAUACAGAUUAUUUAAAAAAUAUGCAAUUGGGAGCCCCUGAUGCAGGGGGGCAUGAUGCAGGACAAUUGAAUAUGAAAAUACGAGAAAAGUUCUUACUUUACUAGUGAGUUUUGAGUUGAAUUAAGCUCAAAUCACCUUACAGUGACAUAAAUAAAAAUCAAAAUAAAUUUUAGAUUAUGAAUAUUAUUAUAGUUAAUCAAACAUGUAUGACUGACAUAUAAGAAAAUUCGAUAUUGAACUGUUGCUAAUUACAGAACAAGAUGGACUGUUGCUAAUUACAUCUUAGCAUAGCUCUAGAUUUUCUUUACAUAUAUUGUAUAAAAUCAUCAGUCCAUGUUCUUUAUAGGAAAAAUAUAACCAAAACAAACCAUUAUAAUACAUUAUUUUGAAAGAUAUAUAAAUAUCAAUUGUUUAAAUACUUGUAAGAAUAUUUUAAUAUAUUUUACAUUAAAUUUAUUGAAAUUCUAAACUUGCUUCAUCAUCUUGAAAUAGUCAUCCAAAUCAGUAGUUUGUGAUUUAACCUACUUUUACAUUCAUAAUUCUUUGUCAAGGGAAUGUACCUCGCUUCCUUUAGAAUAUACAACAAUCUGGGUUGUUAAAAUGUUGUAAUUUUUUUCUUUGUGUGGUGUCUUAAGUGGAACUUUUCAUUGACAGGAAUGCAUGUUCAUAAAUAUUUUGACUACAAAAUAAUAGUGCAUUGGAAGAAAUAAAUAUUUUAGUUAUACUCUUCAAAAUACUAUAGACACCAUAUAUGAGAUUCAACAUAUUGAAUCAAGGUUAAUGUGUAAAUCCCCAAGCCAAAAAUCAGAAUCAAAUCUUUAUUUCUAAUUUUCUAUAUCUACAUUAUUAUUUUUCUUUCCGUGACAUUUACAAAGUUUACUAAAAUGGUAUUCAAAUUAUUACUUUGAAAUCUUUGUUUUUUCUUUAAGAACAAGAUUUUCAUAUUUUCGCUCUUUAUUUCUUGAACUAGCUUUUUAGUUGUGAAAUUAUAAAUGCGUGUGUUCUGCUUUUUAGUUUUAUUUUCCAUUUACUUACCCCAAAAAUCCAAGGGUUUUCAGAACACUCUAGAACUCACCUAGACUCUCGAUUCCUCUUGCGGAGUAAACAUACUCCAUCUUCACGCCUUUAUCAAUAUUUUGAGUUGCUCGAUAGACAAUUCAUUUAAUUUGAAGACUGAUGGCGAAUCUCUCAAUGUCAAAUACUAGAAAGCGGACACGGGAAGCAGAUUUUUACGAAAUCAGGGGAACCGGUGAAAUUGUUAGGGCUGGAGACUGCGUACUCAUGAGAGCAUCUAAACCUGAUGCGCCACCGUACGUCGCUCGUGUGGAAAAUUUAGAAACUGAUAGAAAAGGUAGAGUUAGUGUUCGUGUGAGAUGGUACUACAGGCCAGAGGAGGCGAGUUGUGGGAGACAACCAUUUCAUGGAGCCAAGGAAUUGCUUUUGUCAGAUCACUAUGACAAUCAGAGUGCCAAGACAAUUGAAGGAAAGUGCAUUGUGCACCCUUUUAAGGAAUACACAAAGCUAGAAGAUGUUGGAGCUGAGGAUUACUACUCUCGCUUCGAGUACAACGCUAGUACUAAAGAAAUCACACCCGAUCGUAUUUCAGUAUACUGCAAGUGCGAAAUGCCUUACAAUCCAGAUGAUUUGAUGAUACAGUGUGAUGGUUGCAAAGACUGGUUCCAUCCAGUCUGUGUGAAAAUGACUACUGCACAAAUAAAGCAGUUAAGUAACUAUCGGUGUGAUCAAUGUUCUUCUUAACAUUGUGAAGUACUCCUGGCUAGGUUGCCUGCAAAUGCCAAAGACAAGACUGUUGUUCAAUUGCUAUGGUCCAAGUGGCGGGGAAAAAGCAGCUGGUUUUUAUUACAUUUUGUUUUAUUAACUGAAUUACUGUAAUAAUGCACUAUUUUUAGCUGCUUAGGGCCUUAGGUUGGUGUUCUUCAGCAAUUACCUGACUUUGUUAUGUUAAAAGCUAUCAAUUGUGUAAGUGUUUUAUUUAGAUGGUGAGUGUUGAUGGCAAGCAGUACUUUGUGCAAAGAAAGACUCGGGGAGUUUAAUUUGGAAUUGUAGAAAUUUUAUCGGGCA